GAAAAGAGGAAUAUCGAAGGAAGGAGCUGAAAACGACGUCGUGGUAAGAGAGAGAGAGUGAGAGAGGGAAGAGAGAGAUUGCUGCUCUCGGAGCUCCUCGUCGUCGUCAUCGUCAGCAGCAGCAGCAGCCAUGGCCUCACGCUCUCUCCUCUUCUUCAGAGUUCUUCUCCUCUUCCUCUUUCUCUCAGAUCAAUCGAUUCGGAUCCAUGGCCUCGGACCCGGAAUCAACUACGGCCAGAUCGCGAACAACCUCCCGUCGCCGUCGCGAGUCGCCGUCCUCCUGCGAUCCCUAAACAUCAGCAGAGUGAAGCUCUACGACGCAGAUCCAAACGUCCUCUACGCAUUCUCCAACUCCCAAGUCGAUUUCAUCAUCGGAUUAGGCAACGAGUAUCUCCAGAACAUGACCGAUCCAAUCAAAGCCCAGAAUUGGAUCCAACAGAGAGUCACUCCUCACAUCUCCAGGACCCGAAUCACCUCCGUCGUCGUCGGCAACGAGAUCUUCAAGACCAACGACCAUGUCCUCAUCAGCAACCUCUUGCCCGCCAUGAAAUCUGUCCAUGCAGCUCUCGUCAGCCUUGGCCUCCAGGACCAGGUCGCCGUCACUUCCGCUCAUUCUCUCGACAUCCUCCAAACCUCGUACCCUCCUUCCUCUGGAUCGUUCAGGCAGGAUUUCGCCCAGUUUCUUCAGCCGCUCCUCGACUUCCACUCGCAGAUCAAGUCGCCAUUCUUGAUCAACGCUUAUCCUUACUUCGCUUACAAGGAUAACCCCAAUGACGUCCAACUGGAAUACGUAUUGUUCCAGCCGAACCAGGGAAUGAUCGACCCAAACACCAAUCUCCAUUACGACAACAUGUUGUUUGCCCAGAUCGACGCCGUUUACUCCGCGAUCAGGGCAAUGGGUCAUACCGAUAUCGAGGUUAGGAUCUCGGAGACGGGAUGGCCAUCGAAAGGCGACGAGAAUGAGGUCGGUGCCACGCCCGAGAACGCGGCCCUCUACAACGGUAACUUGCUACGCAAGAUUCAGCAGCGGCAGGGGACUCCGGCGAAACAGUCCGUACCGGUUGACGUAUACGUUUUCGCGCUGUUCAACGAGAAUAUGAAACCAGGUCCGACAUCGGAGAGGAACUACGGACUGUUCUAUCCAGAUGGUACGCCGGUGUACAACAUUGGAUUGCAGGGUUAUCUACCAGACAUAAUAUACGCAGCCAAAGCGUCCGAGGUUAAGAUUUUGCAGAUUUUGCAGAUAUGGAGCUUGAUGAGUUUGGCAUUUGUAGGGUUCAUAUUGGUGUGACAUCGGCUAUAUUGUCUCUAAUAGAUUUUUCAAGCAAUAGAAAAAAAAGGGGGGUUGGUGGUUAUAUUUAGAGGUGAGGUAUACAAUUCUUUUUUUGCAUGUAUUAUAUACACUAAUAAAAAAAAAUCGAAAUUUAAUUAUUCA